AGUCAAACCCCAGCUGUAAGGCUGGCCUGGCCCUCUAAGGAAUCCUGACUUCCAGGCCCCCGUCACCCACUAAAUCCAACUCCUUUUCCAAAGAACCAAAGGAUUCUUGGGUCUCAGCCCCCACCCCCACUGUGCUUGCACUGGACUCCACACUUUUUUCACUGAAUGAAGGAGUUCUCCUGGCACCUGCUCUUCCCUAGCUUUCCUAGAAUCUGCUAAGUAUUACUUCACCCCUGCGUCCUGACCCACAGCCACCCUGACUAUAACCAAGGAACACCCAAGGACCAUGUCCAGCUUUGCCACACUGCUACUGCUAAUGGUUCUGUCUCCCCUUUAUUCAGAAGGCAGCGAACAAAUAGCUUGGAAUACAACAGCCCCCAGGUGCCCAUCUCGGAAGAGGAGUGCUGCUGAGCUGAGAGGGCAGACUUGUCUGAAGAGCUGUGAACGCAACCCUCACCAAUGCAGGCACCGGCUGUGUCUGUGUGAUGGGGCAUGUGGACUGAGCUGUGUUUCACAAGAUUUUCGCUGCUCGUGGCCAGUGACCAUUGACAAUGCUGAGACGCGUCUUGCCCAGGAAUCCAAUACUUUUGGGAGCUUAAUGGAAGUAACAUGCAAGUCCAGUUUUAGGAUGGCAGAUGGACAGAAAGUGUCAAUGAGCCGCUGUCAAGGAGACAGGAAGUGGAGCUUCACCACACCCUGUGAAGAUGUUACUACUUCCUCAUCCCUUUGCAAACCUCCGCCAGAGAUUGAAAAUGGGUUCCAUGGAGAUGGCCCCUACAAGAUAGGGAGGGAAGUACAUUACCGGUGCAAAAAUGGAUACCGUCUGGAGGGGGCCAGUACACUCUUAUGCCAAGAGAACCAGGAAUGGUCACACAAGGCCCCAAUCUGCCUACCUGUUAACUGCUCACGGCCUGCGGAUAUUGCUGAAGGAACUGUGGUUAUGGUGAAUAGGUCUGAGUACCCAGUGGGAACUGUGAUCUAUUAUUUGUGCAAGAGGGACUUCUUCUUAGAUGGCCCCAACAGAGGCAUGUGUUUGAAGAAUGGAAGCUGGUCUCAGCCACCCUCCUGCAGAGCCCGCUGUCCCAUCCUUGCCCGGAGGAGCCGAGUGGUGUACAAAGGCCGCAAACUCUGGAUUGAUGAGAUCCCAGAGCAGCAAGUCCAUCACGGAGAAUCUGUCACGUUUUUCUGCCGUAGCCAGAACAAGACCUGUAACUUUCAAGCUGCAAGCCAGUGUUUUGAUGGCGUGUUGAAGCUGCCUUCUUGCUACGAUGAGCCCACCUACCUGCAGUACCACCUGUUCCCCAAAAGAGUUGUAUCUGAAAUACCUGCGUGUUGAAUGCUCCAUCACUGUCAUUGCUGCAAAGAGAGUCCACCUUCUCUUUCUUCUGGCUGGAUAGACAUCUUGAAGGUGCAGAAAAGACAGCUGGAUUAUUUCAGUGACACGUGCUCAAAGGUUUUACACAGUUGGCAUCAUUACAGGAAACCAGACUGGGAUUUAACAGUUGUCACAAUUUGGAAUAAUCUGUUUCUUAGAAAGGGAAGAGAGAGGAAAUGCAGAACUUCAGUUCAGUUUGUUCCCCCUAGCUGCAAAUUCUAGUGUCAGGUUUCCCCCCACUCUCUUAUUACAUGAAAUGCAAGCUGAUAUAUUCACUGUGUUGGAGGAAGACAGGGAUCAUAGACUUGGUGGGGGUGGGGGGAGUUACAUUCAUCCCAGACUUUGGUAUUAUCCAUUCUUUAAGUUGGGGGUGGGGAAGGGAGGCAUACAUUAAAAUGUAAUUUAAUAUAUUCCAUAUGGCAAGAUUA